CUGAGGGCUGUGUCAGGCCCGCUGCCAUGGCGUCUUAUUUCGAUGAACACGACUGCGAGCCGUUGCACCCCGAGCAGGAUUCCCGAACCAACAUGCUGCUGGAGCUCGCAAGGUCCCUUUUCAAUAGGAUGGACUUCGAAGACUUGGGGUUGGUAGUAGAUUGGGAUCACCACCUGCCUCCACCUGCUGCCAAGACUGCAGUUGAGAACCUCCCCAGGACAGUCAUCAGGGGCUCUCAGGCUGAGCUCAAGUGCCCCGUGUGUCUUUUGGAAUUUGAGGAGGAGGAGACUGCCAUUGAGAUGCCUUGCCAUCACCUCUUCCACUCCAACUGUAUCCUGCCCUGGCUGAGCAAGACAAAUUCCUGCCCCCUGUGCCGCCACGAGCUGCCCACUGAUGAUGACACUUAUGAGGAGUAUAGACGAGAUAAGGCUCGCAAGCAGCAGCAGAAGCACCGACUCGAGAACCUCCAUGGAGCCAUGUACACAUGAGGUGGCUGGGACGGCACACCAGUCCUCCUCCACACCACCUUCCUCUUCUGCCUCGAAUUCUCAUUAAAAGUUUCUUUACCCA